AUGCUGUCUAUCAGCCGUGUCCCAACAGCCACCACAGCCCCUACCAUCUCACCCUCCUCUCCCUCGCGCUCCCUUCCCUCACAGCGACUCUCUCAUGUCGUCGUCGUAAACCGCUCUCAACUUCGCAAUACCGCAACCAGGAGCCUUCUAGUUCACCGCGCGCAGCUGCAGCAGCAUCAGUCUCCUCCAGUCGCGUCUUUCCUCGACCGCUCGCUGCUGUUGCCGCUCCGCGCUCGCCGCCUUCCGCAUCCCCCCUCCAGCGCGCAUGGCGCGGUGCGGCAGUGGCGAGCGGUGCCGUGCCGAGCCAGCGGGUCGAACGGCGACGGCAGGGAGGAGCGCAAAGAGUACAGUCAGGAGGCGCGCAUGCGGCAGGAGGUGCUGAACCCGUUCCGCACGGUGCGCAUGUUCCUGUACGGCGCGUUCAUCGCGUCCGCGUCCAUCGGCGCGCUCAUCACUGCCACCUCGUUGCUCGCCAUCGCGACCGGCGCGCGCGACGCGGACGCGCUGCAGAUCCAGGACUCACUCAAGGACCUCGGGAUUGACGUCGCGGCUGUCGCUAUAUUCGCGUUCCUGUACCGGUCGGACGCGCGCGGCAAGGAUGCGUCCCUGAACCGGCUCACCCGGGAGGAGUCCCUGGCAAAGCUGCGUCUAGAACUGCCCACAGGGCGAAUCGUGAGCCUGGCCCAGCUGCAGGGUUCCUGCCGACUCAUCAUCGUCGCUGGCCCCCUCUCCCACGUGCAAACCGCCCUCACUGCUGCCGAGCCGUACCGUGCUGCACUCCUGGAACGAGCAGUGGUGGUCGCUCCGCUUGUGACUGUGGGUGCUGAAGCAGGGGCAGCGGCUGCUGAGAAUGUUGUGCUUCCUGGGGAUUUUAAGGGGUUUGCGGAGGUGGUGGAUGCAGCUUGGGGAGGUGAAGUGGCUGGGGAUGGUAGUGGUGCGGGGAAGGUUGGAGAGGUGGGUGUUACGUCACAGACUGCUACAGCUGCCAGUGGGUUGCUUCAGAGGUGGAUGGGCCGGCCAACUUACACUGAUGAGUGGAACAGGUGA